AUGCAAGCGGCUGAUUAUUCUGUAAUUACUGACACAUCUGUUGUGGAAUGUGAUGCAAAUGAAGAAACAAAUCAAAUUAUUUCUAUUCGUGGGCCAGAUAUGUAUAAAGCUAGCAUUUAUAAAAGCAUUAUACAAAAACAAGAAUAUGCUCAUGGUUUUGGCGUAGCCAAAAGUGGAUUAAAAUUUGCACUUGAAAAUGGAUUAGUUGAUGAAUUUGUGGGAUUAAUAACGAGAUUUAUUGAGAACCAUACUGGUAUUGAUACUAAUGAAAGAAUAACGGUUGAUGUUACUCAAAUUAAAAAUCCAAAAAAAUUAAAACAUAAAGGGCAGACAGAUACUGAAAAUGAAUAUAUUGAAGAAAUUUCAUCACGGAAACGGGUUAACAAUGAA